UUGAUGUGUAACGUUUGAUGUAGUACUUGAUGCCCGAAAAAUCGAAAAACAAUUAAAUUUGAUCGUUUCGUCGAAUUUACAAGUGUGUAUAUUCGUGUGAAAUCCUAUGUGCUUGUGUAUGCUGAUGUGAAAGGCGGUAAUAUAUUUUUCUUUUUUCGAUUAUUGUUGUCAACUUUUGUGUGGAAUAAAUCAAUUCCGUGAAUAGAAGUGCAAUCAAUACAGCUUACUAUGAAAUGAUAGCACAACAACAGUACAUAUCGCCAUUGACGUCAGCUUCACAAAAUUUCUCGAAUAUCGAGGUUGUCCAUUUGGGUUAAGAAUUUAUUUCCACAAAUAUUGCCACAAGCACGAAUAUCUUAUGGAAAUCCACUGUAUUUCCACUGUAAUUUUUAAUAAUCAGAUUCCAUAUCGUAUGCUACGAUUCGAGGAAAAUCCGCAGCUAAUUAUUAUCUUUGCUGCCUUUAAAUACCAUAAAUAGUCGUCCGUAAAUUUUAAAAGAUUUUCUGUGCCAUACUUAUAUUGUGUAUUUUAGUCUUAAGGUGCGGGUCGUGUUCAAUUAAUUGAAAGUGAUGAAACUGUAAUGGGUCACGAUAGUCAAAUAUUAAAAAUGGUCUCGUUGGCUACAUUUAAAAUCUUUACGAGAUAUAUAUGCAUAGUACGUUGCUACUAGCAACGGGUAGCGAUGAGCAAUAGAGAACAGUAGCUUCCUUAUCUCGUCGUGAUUAUGUACAUACCAGUAAUGCACAGUACUCGUACUGAAUAUCUUACAACAUCUACAUAGAUUUUCAGAUUUGUUUCGAAUAUUACCAGCAUAACCAUGAUAGUAGAAUUCUGUUACAGUAUUAAUUCUAUAGUGCCGUUAUGCAUAAUACAGCCCUAAAAUGUUUCUACAAAUAUACGAAUAUUUUCGUCAGCUACUAUAUUCCAACCAUGGCUUAUUAUGAAAGGAAAUAUAUAACGAAAUUACUUGUUUUUUUUUUUUUAGACUAAAUUAGUUUAAUUUGAAUAAUUUUAGUAAUUGUGUAGGAUCGAACAACAACUUAUCAUUAGCUUCACUCGAGACUUGAUUGCACGUAGCAACGUAAUUGCGUUGGAACUGAGGGUAGAAAACAAUGUCAACCGUUAGACGCGUCUGUCUGGCGAAUGUGUAACGCGUGAAUAAUAGAUGCCGGCAAUCACGUGAACCCUACUUAUAGCUGUUUCGGCUUAUAUCGUAGCAUUCAACCUAGGGUAUAACGAUAAGGAUCAUUAAAAGUUCAAAGAAGUUCGGCUGAUCAGCCUCAUUUUGUUCCAUUUUUUAAUCAAGCGAUGAAUCGACAAAUUGUACAGAUUUCGAUGGUUAUCACAGUUCUCUGGGAAUUUUAAAGCGCGGUUCGUCGAAUUUAGUCGGAUUGGCUACAGACUCUUUUACGAGCAGCUUGAAACUCGAUCUAGUUUCGAGAAAAUGAAAAAUUCGUUUUAUCUCUUUGUUUCCCUGUUCCUUCCUUCCUCUUUUCUUUGCUUUUUACAUUGCGUUAAGACCGGCUAAAUAAUAUUGAUUGCCAUGGACGUUGGCUGGUUUAAAAUCACUGACAUCGACGAUAACAAAAAUAUUUCUGGUCUACGCACUCCAGUGCCCGCACAACUUAUAUUAAAACACCUGAUUUUCCCAUUCUACAGCAACAAAUUUCCUGAUCCUUUACAACCAUGAAGGACUUGUAUGCGAAAAUACUUGCUACGAUCAUCUGUUUGCAGACUAUUUUCGUCACUAUCUUCCCGUUAGGGGCUGUGGCUUUAGGAGAAGAUUGUACUGAUUUUGAAGGAAAAGCCGUCUCGCAUGGAAUGACGUACGUGCCGGGACCAUCGGUUUGCAACCUCUGCGUCUGCUAUCAUAUGGAGCCAAAAUGGUGCCAGGCUAUGUUCUGUUCACCUCCUUUUAGCUGCAAGAAAUUCCGCAUUGGACGCCGAUGUUGCGAGUUCCAGUGCGUGGAUGAGGUUGACACAGGCUAUUGGUUUGGAUCUGAUGUGGUUAUUGUGAAUCGUUCAUCUAAACUUGAAAAACAUAGUGUAUUAUGGAUGCUGAGUUUAGUGAUAGUAAUUGUAGUAUUUUAAUUUCUCAAUAAAGAUUCCGAUGGCGCUGUGGACAAAAUUCGUAGCUUAUAAACAUCAACGAUUAGUUUCAGCCAUCGGGAAAAGAAGUAGUGUAUGUAUGUAGUGUGUUAACGAAGUAGUAAAACGUAGUGUAAAGAAAGUAGUGUAAAAGUAAAGUAGUGUAAAAUUAGUAGUAGUAUGUAAUUCGCACAAAAAAGUAGAUAUUAGUAUUGAUGUUAUUGUAUUCCAUAUUUGACCUUAAAAUAUGAAUAAAAUCUAAUCAGUCUAAGUA